AUGCUCAGAAUUAUAUCUUAUAAUAUUAGGGGAAUAACAACAUGCAAAAAACAACAACUGCUUAAAAUAUGGUUAAACCAAAAUCCACAUGACAUUGUUAUGCUCCAAGAAACACAUAUGACAAAAUUUUUCCAUCUUGAAAAUUUUAAAAAUUCUUUUCUUGAUUAUAAUAUUAGGGGGGCAUUGGGUACAUGGGUUGCUGGUGGUGUUUUAAUUAUGAUUAAGAAAAAAUAUAAUAUGGUUGAUUAUGGAUCAGAUACUAAUGGUAGAAUAGUUUAUAUUAAAAUUGAAUGUAAUCAUGUUCCAAUAGUAUUAGUCAAUGUUUAUGCUCCUGCUCAAAUAACAGAACGAUGUUCCUUUUUUAAGGAAUUAUUUUUAUAUAUUCCUUCUACCAAAUGGAUUAUCAUCGGAGGGGACUUUAAUUGUACCCCGAACAAUCAUCAAGAUAGAAACAAAUUAGCUGCACAAACAGAUAAUCUAUCUUAUCGCAUUUUACUUAAGGAGGUGAUCAAUCCACUAUUGUUAACUGAAAUAUUUAGACGUAAACAACCUAGGAAAAUUAUUUAUUCAUAUCAUGCAAGUGCAGGCAAUUAUCAUAGUCGUAUAGAUCUGGUAUUUGGUUCUGAUAUUAUAUACAAAAAUACACAUGAUAUUGGUUAUGUUCCAGUGGGCAUAUCAGACCAUGACGCAUUAGUUUUAUCUAUUAAAAUACCACCAUCAACCGAUAAAAAUAUGCAUCGUAGAUGGAUAUGUAAUCCUAAUGUAAUUAAAAGGAAAUCCUUUUUAGAAAAAUUCCAUCGAGUAUGGAACAUUAUUAUCAACACAGCUGAUCUUAAUACAACUGAAUGGUGGAAUGAUUUUAAGACAAGCCUAAUUAUGAUAAUACAACAAGAAGAAAAAGAACUUAAUCGUGAAACACGACGUGAAUUAGAUGAAUUAUCUAAAGAAUAUCGUUUUAGAGCAACUAAUCCAUCCAAUGAUGACUUAGCACAAUUAGAGAUUAUUAGGCAAAAACUCCACGAUGCAUUAACAGAAAAAUUCGUUAAUAGUAUUCCAAGGCAAGAUGACCGUGAUUUUAAAUGUCUUAGUAAUUUAGCUAAAGCGAGAUUAGCACAUGCUAAAGCAAAUCAAUCUAGAAUUUAUUAUCUUACUCACCCAUCUAAAGGUCGUGUUGAAACAGAUGAUGGAAUGAUGGAAAUUUGUUGCAACUUCUAUCAAGAUUUAUAUAAUGUUAAACCAAUCGAUACAUUUUAUUGGAGUGAGUUAUUCGGAGAUAUAGCAACACUCAGUCAAAAUGAUAUCGACUUACUUGAUCGUGAUAUAACAACUGAUGAAUGUUAUGAAGCCCUUAAAGCUAUGCAAUUAGGUCGAGUUCCAGGUGAUGAUGGUUUAACGAUUGAAUUAUGGAAAUUUAUUUUUCCAAUAAUAGGAGGAAUUAGACAAGGUUGCUCACUUUCUGGUUAUCUAUAUGUUAUGUGUUUAGAACCUCUGUUAAAUUUAAUAAGAAAAAAUCCCAAGAUACCCGGUGUUUUAGUUCCAGGUAGUCAAUAUAGAUCACUUGUUAAUACAAUUCUUCAAAACGAUGAAACAAAUAUUGAAAUUAAAACAUUAGCAUAUGCUGAUGAUGUAUGCACUUUUGUUUUUAAUACCAAUGAUGAAUUUGAAACUUAUGAACUGUUUAAAAAAUAUAGUUAUGCAUCAGGUGGUAAAACAAAUGAUACAAAAACAGUUAUCUUUUGGAUAAGUGACUGUCUCGAUCCUCCUCCUUUUAAUGCAAAAAUUGAAAGAGAGAAAUGUGCCUUCCUGGGAAUACCAAUGGAUACUCAAGGUCAGUUACCACAAGAAGAAAUUGAUAAAAUGGUAAACAACAUCAAGAAAGAAAUAGGACUAUGGUCCUCAAUAAGACUGUCCUUAUGUGAAAGAGCAAGUAUUCUAAAAUGCUUUAUAAUUAGCAGAUUGGUAUAUUUGUUAUCAUCAAUGUUAAUUACUAAAAAUGUAAUUGAUUCCAUCCAAAAAAUUUGUAACUCCUUUUUUUGGGGAAGAACACAUCCUUUUAUAAAAUUCCAAACUUGUGUUGGAAGAAAAGAGGAUGGUGGUUUUGGCCUUAUACAUUUAGAAUCGAUGAUCAUUUCUUAUCGAAUUAAAUGUGGCUUAACAAUUACAAGUACAAUACCGAAAAUAUGGAAAUUGUUCGCAUUACCAUAUGUAGGUUUACACUUAUAUAAAUAUUCACCUUGGUUAUGGACAAAUCUAAUCCCACAUUUACAAGAUGAUAAACAAUUUUUAGUGAUGUAGCAAUACAUACUGCUAAAUGGUUAAAACGUGGUGGUAAUGUAAUAAAUAAUGGAAAUGAUAAAUCUAUCUAUUGGAAGUUUAUCAAUCUAAAUGUUUAUCAACCUCCAGUAUGUUAUGAAAGGAUCAGUCACUUGAAAAAUAUACAAUUUUACAAGUUGAUACAUCAUAGUAAAUUACCAUCCAACAUCAUAGAAUUCUGGACAUCAUUAGCUAAUUAUGGAAUAAAUACACAUGAUAGACUUGGUAAAACAUUAGAAGAGAAGAAAUGCUUAUUCUGCUCAUUACCAGAAGCAUUAUCACAUAUUUUCAUUACUUGCUCCUUUUUUAACGAGAUUUACAAAUUGUUAUUUGAAUACAUUAAUAAGUUUAAUGUAUCAAUCACAAGAAGUGAAUAUGAUAUCAUUUAUCUAAAGAUUGUCUCAUCAACAACAUCGAGGAUAAUUCAAAAACAAAUUACAUAUUCGAUUGGUAAUUACCUAUAUGCAAUUUGGUCAUAUAGAUGUAUUAUUAACAACAGUAACAAUCGAAAUCAAAAAGAUCAUCCUGAUAAAUGCCAAGAUAGGUUUAUGAAAUAUAUGACAAAGUUUCCAUUUGAUAAUGGUUAAUUG